AUGUCUUUUGCGAGUGUGGAGUUCCCGACGGAGAGGAGUCGGAGAAGCUUGAUCCCGAAGAAGAAGUAUGUUUUUCUUGAAGAAAAUGAGAAGAAGCCCGCCAUCAUAUACUCGGGACUUUCGAGCGAGAAGGAGAAAUUACAUGUGGAUGUCCUCAUGGCGAACAAGGAUGCUCUCGGGUGUAGUUUGAGUGAUAUCAAGGGGAUAAGCCCGACCACAUGUAUGCAUCGAAUUAUUCUUGAGGAUGAGUCAAAGCCUAUCCGGGAGGGUCAAAGGCGAUUGAAUCCUACGUUGAUGGAGGUGGUAAAAGGGAGAUUCUUAAAUUUCUACAAGAGGGGAUCAUCUAUGCCGUGGCGGUUAGUGAGUGGGUGA